AUGGUUGCAACUCUUGCAAACCUCAACUUCCCCUACCUCAUCCUCUCAGCAUGUCUCUCCGCCAUACUGCUGAGCCGAUUCCUACCCUUUACCAGGCGCGACCGCAGGCCCACGGCCAAAGGCUGCCUGCCUGAGCCGCGCGUCUUCCAAUGGGACGUCUUCUUCGGGCUCGACAUCCCCAUCAGCCAGGGCCGGGCCCUGCAGCAGAACCGGUACCUCGAGUGGCUGCGGGACCUGCACGCGAGCAUGCCGCGGACCAAGACCUUCUCGGUCAACUUUGGCGGCUACCGCUGGAUCUACUCGAUCGAGCCCGAGAUCCUCAAGGCCGUCUACGCGACCAACUUCCAGGACUUUGGCGUCGAGCCGAUCCGGCAGCACCCGCCGGGCUUCAAGCCCUUUGCCGAGAAGGGCGUCAGCACGAGUGACGGCGAGGACUGGGCCUUCAGCCGGAGCCUGAUCAAGCCCUUCUUUGAGCGCAGCGUCUACGUCAGCACGGAUCGCGUCAAGCCGUUCGCGGACAAGUUCCUGACGUUUAUCCCGGAAGACGGCGAGACGUUUGACAUUCAGCCUCUGCUGCAGCGAUGGUUCCUCGAUAUGACUUCGGAAUUCAUCUUUGGCAAGUCCCAAGACUCGAUGACGCAUCCGGAGCGCGCCGAGGUGAUAUGGGCCAUGGCGGACGUCCUGCGCGGCACCCGGCUCCGGGCGCAGACGUACAAGAUCCUCUGGGCCUUUAACUGGGACUGGUGGUUCAAGGCCAUCGAGAAGGUGCACGGCUUCCUGAACCCGUACAUCCGGUCGACGCUGGCGGAGCUGGCGGAGCGGCAGCAGCGCGUCAAGGAGGGGCUGCCGGUCGGCGAGGAGCGGACGGACCUGCUCUGGUCCAUGGCGACGAUGCUGCCGGAGGAGGAGGCGCUGCGGUCGCAGGUGUGCAUCAUCUUCGUGCCCAACAACGACACGACGUCCAUCUUCAUCGCGCACUGCCUGUACUUUCUCGCGCGCCACCCCGACGCGUGGAGGAAGUUGAGGGAGGAGGUGACGGCGGUGGGCGACGCGCCGAUUACGUUUGAGCUGCUGCGGAACAUGAAGUACCUUAAUGGCAUCAUGAAUGAAACGCACCGCCUGAUCCCCAACAACGUGACGCAGAUCCGGUCGGCGCUGUCGGACGUGGUGCUCCCGCUGGGCGGCGGACCGGACGGCAAGGCGCCGCUGGACGUGCGCAAGGGCGACAUUGUGUCGGUGACCAAGACGGUCAUGUACCGGGACCCGGACCGGUGGGGCGCGGACGCCGACGAGUACCGGCCGGAGCGGUGGGACGGGAUGCGCGGCGGGUGGCACUUUUUGCCGUACGGCGGCGGGCCCCGCCGGUGCCCGGCGCAGAUGAUGGUGCAGAACGAGAGCGGCUACAUGCUGUGUCGGCUGGCGAGAAGGUACGCGCGGAUCGAGGCAAGGGACAAGGAACCGUACAGGGCGAGGAUGCGCAUCGGGCCGUCGAGCCUGCACGGGGUCAAGAUUGCGUUUUACAAGGAGUAG